ACAUCUCUUGUGCCGAGCAGAAUCUUUUACAAGACAUACAAUCCUUCGUCACAAAAUCUUGUUAAACUCGAUUAUGUCUUGGCCACUUUAAUAUAUCGCGCUGUGGAAAUCUUAGCUAGUAUUUCACCUACAGAUAUCCUACACGAUUACACAAUUCGAGUCGAGUUACGCUUGCUGCUUUCGAGUUUCAACCCAGCACUAACAUGUAGCAGGAAAUAAAUAAUUCUUCACGCUACGGUCACGCUCCUAUUUUCGAAUAACUGUCAACCCCGAUAAAUAAUGAGAAUGUCCACUACCGUCCUGAAUAACUAACGCCUGAAGUUGAACCUUGUAUCGAUAGCUUUAUAUCGCUUUGCCACGAAUGGAUUUCAGUUAAUGAAAUCCUUCUGCUAAUGAAAUUUCCAAGCGUUCCGUUCCUAUUUUCGCUUCAGAUAGAGUAUAUCGUGAGAUGAAUAAUUUUAGUAAAAAGAUGGGAAAUAUUUCGUAAAAUUCGCGGCAAAUAUAAAGAGUUACGUUUCGCUGGUGUAAGAAUACCAAAAGAAGCAGUUCAAUUUAGAAGAGCUCGUUUUAUUAUUUUAUCGCGAAUUUAAUUCCGACGAAGAUCGACGAAGGGGCAAAUUGAAGGCCAAUCUCGCGUUUCGCAAUGUAAUACCGAGAAAGGAAUAUUACUCGUAGUAGAAUGUUUAAACAGCUGCUUCGACCGAAUCACAACUACGGUACCACACAAGGCGCAAUCGUGAACGUAUGUUCGAAACGAGGGAACAGUGGCAGGAAUGUGGCAAGAUCUUUCGCUGAAACGUUUAUUUACGUUGUUCGUCAAACGAAGAUGGAUAUCGAUAAGAAGAUGAAAGAAUUAACGGAAUUGUUUUCGAAAACCGGCAAGGAACUGUCCGAACUGGUGAAGAGAAACGAGCAAUUCAUAAUGGAGGAAAUGCAAAAAGUCGAGGACACUGUUCGAAAAACCACCGAGGUGUGCGCCAAGGGGAAGAUGGACCGUCUUCGGGCUGUCAAAAGCACCUACGACGAGAGAAUAAAAAUCUGCAACGAGAAGACCGCGGAGGGACUCCGCGCCGCGAAGACGAUUUGCGAUCAUCGAGUUCAAGAGAUGGACGCCCUCAGGAGUGCGAUGAGACAAAUCCUGAAAGAGUGUCUCGAGACGAACGACUUCGUCAAGUGCAUGGCGAGCGAGACGAGAGAGGCUGUGAAACGGCGAAAGCAGAUCUCGAACGAGCUGAACGAAACAGUGAAAAGCGCCGAAACCUCGAUUGCCAAUCAACUCAAAGAGGCAUCGAAAUGCCACGUGUACGCUCAAAUGGAAGCUCUGCAGGAAUUGCAGCAAAUUUUAAAGGACACGCAAGAUUGUAUCAAGUAAAUAUACUAUACGACGUAAAUUUUGCAUUUAGAAAGACUACUUUGUUUAUGGAAACCCUUAGUGAAAUGUGUUUUACUCUAGGGGCGAAUUAAAUUAAAAUACGAUCGGACGUGUAUCAAGUGUUCGUGAAAACCUCGCAAGAUUUCUGUCGUAGGUAAUCACUGAAAAAUAAAAAAGAACG